AUGGCGAGCGCUCUGCCGGUGGUUGUCCGCGUGAAGCGCAAGAGGGAGCUCGCGCCGGUGGACACCAUCGUGGUGGAGGCCGAGGAGAGCCACGCCGCGAAACGUCGGGCGCGAGAUGCGGCUCUGGCGGCGGAGCUCGAUACGGCCCUGUCGGGAGCGCUGGGAGAUUCCGUUGACGAGCGUCAAAGCUCGAUUGCGGGCGGCCACGGAUCCGAGCGCGCGCCUCUCGAGGGGACGGGGCGUCCUAAUAGGCGCAGGUUCCGACGCGUCCAGAUGACCCUGUCCGUGGCAGAUGCUCAGGACGAGGGGCGCGUGAGGGAGCUCGUGCAGACAGUCGUGGCAGCGACCCGCAAGAGGGUUCAAGAGGAUGUUGCUAGUGGUGGUGAGUCUACCUCACUGUCGAAGGUCACGGAUGGCAUCGUGGACCCGGCGUCGCAUCCGACGAAGCGUGCAACACGGUUGACACGACCCGCAAACGCCAGGUCAACCAGCGACGCGAUGAGCGGGCACUUCCGCAUGUACGACCUCGUGUGCGACGAGGGUGAGGCACCUCCCCCUGCGAAACCAUCUCCUUCCACGAGGAAACCCGUGGGUGCGGGACUCCGGCGGGGCGCGAGACCUCCCCCGCCUCCUCGCGACGCCACCGACGAGCCGAGGGAGGAGGAUCCGGCGCGGCUCCUGUGCAACUACGCCCCGAUGCUACGAGAGUACCUCGGCACAGACGCCUUGGGGACGAACGGCGAGACUGGCGUAACUGAAGGUGGCGAUGAUGAUGAUAAGUACGUUUACGAUGUGUACGUUAGGGCCGAUGACGAUGACGAGGAAGAUGACGAGGGUGCAAACUCCAAAUUCGUAGGUGACGUCAACGCAAAAGCCAACCUGGCAAGUUUGAUAUACGUCAACAGCGAAGACGCAGCGCUAUUCGAAUGGAUGGAUGGCCUCGCGGAGGAGUACGACCACGAGGACGAUGUAGACUCUCAAGACUCCAACAGGGAGGACGCGCCGGACGCUGAUUACCCGGAAGAUGAGAGCGAUUCGUACAGUGAAGGGGACUCGCGCGAAGACUGGGUUGGAGGAUCGGAUGACGACGGGUUUGGCAGUCGGCAUCGCGGCGGAUACAAUUGGGUGGAUGGAGGCGUCGAGGGAGAUUACUCGGGGGAUGAUGACGUGUAUGAUGAGUUCCACGGGGGAAUAGAGAGGCACAGCGGCUAUCGUGAGGGAAGCAUGUCCGCGAAGAAGCCGGGCUGGGAUGGAUCAACCAAGAUCUUAGAGGCAUCUACGGGCACCGAGGCCGGAUCUACGCUGGCCUGGGUCGAGCAGUCGCGACUCAACCGCAAGGAGUUCAACGACCAGCUCGAAAACUCUCUAAAACUAGUUGGAUUGUCUCGGAGGAACCCCAAGAGGUCUAAGAGCAUGACUCAGAAGCGCAAGGGUUUGCACGAGCGUCAUGCCACCGCAUCGCUGUCUCCGAUUGAGACCGGCGUCCUCGAUGAGCUUCAGUCGUUGCUGGCGACCGCGGCAGCCCAUCCGCCUGAUAGCGAGAGAGUCGCGAACCUGGAUGACGCGACGACGGCUACGGCAUCAACUCCGCCACCUCCGCCUACGGCGACAGGGUUCGAUCCAGCGAAGACCCCCCAUGCUGGUCGUGUUGUGAUGCCCGCCGCUAAGCCCGGAGCGAAAAUAUUGCGCGGAUCGGUCGUUGGGGACCUUCGAGCCACGCUAGAAGAGACGAGGAGCUUGUUAAGCGACCGGGACGAGCAGUUGAGGAAAGCUCGGCUGAGGGAGGCCGAACUGAUGACCGCGCUUGAGAGCGAGAGGCAGUGCGUGUUGCGUGCCGAGCGCAGAAUUGAGUCAUUGGAGCGCGCUUUGGGAGUUGCGGAUCCUCAGGGCGUGUUUCCAGUUCCAGCUAACGUCCACACGGAGAACGACGAAUUGGAAGCGAGUGCACAGAUCCUUGAGGCGUCGUUUGAUGAGUACCUUGAUGAGAAGAGCGUGACGGAGCGUGGCCACGGGUCGCGUGACUUGAGGGAACCCUUAGAUAUCGUGGCGAGGGCCGAGGCGGCCGUGAGAGGAGCGAUCGAGGAGGCUGCGAGGGCAGUGUGCGCAGAAGCGAGCGCAAAGGAGGCCGUGAGGUUGAUGACUGAAGCUGAGACGCAGACUGCGCUGGCCGAGGCGCUUCGUGCUUCGCGUCGUCGCGAGGAAGCACUUGCUGCUAGAAUAUCCGUGCUUGAACGCGAUAGAGCCGCGAGGAUAAGCGUGGGAAGCAGGGGCCCUCCAAGCAUCAUACCUUCAGCGGCGCGGGAGGCAAUCCUCGCGAAGGCUGCUUCGCGGGAGGCGAACCUCGAGCGUGGCGACGGCAGAUCCAGAGGACUUGCGCCGUCUCCGGCCCUGGUGCAACUUCUAAAUAAGGAGUCAUCUGGACACCGGUCGCGCGCUGACGGUGCCAUCGUCACCAGCUAGAUGUAAAUGUUACACACUUAGUCACUUGU